AUGAGCAACAAUGACGGGUUAGAUUCCCAAGCCAUUAACCAUAAUGCCGAGAGUGAAAAUAUCACCACUGCACCGUUUAGUUGCCAUCAGUGUCGGAAGAGCAAGCUAAAAUGUGAUCGAACAAGGCCAUACUGCAGUCGAUGCUUAAAGAAAAGUUACGAGUGCGUCUACUCCAGUUCAAGACAGCCUUAUCGGGGUACAAAUAGAGGUCAGACCAAAGAUUUAGAGGCAAAACUCGGUCGUCUCGAGAGGCUACUACAGGCUUCACUGCAGACCCAGACUUCUUACCCUCAAGGUAAUCAGUGCAAGUCCAACCCUGUUUCACUUGCCGAUAUAACACCACCAAGCCAACAAAACGAUGAGAUUGCGAGGCCGGGUCCGUUCGAAGAACCUCCACCUCAACAUCUCGUCAAAACACUGACGAACAUUUACUUCGACAAUGUCCAUCAAGCAUCCCCUAUGCUACACAGACAGCGGUUCAUGACAUCUCUUUUUUUGCCAGACCAUACGAAGGCGCCAUUGUGCCUCCAGUAUAUAGUCAUGGCUUUUGCUGCAGAGACUACCGAGUCAUACCACCACCUGGGCAUGGAGUUCUACAAGCGUGCUAGAAAUUAUCUCCAGAAACAGAAAUUCGGGAACCUUGGAGUGAAUGACUUGUCGCUGGGUCAUGUGCAAGCUUGGGCUCUGAUGUCUUGCUUCGAAGCCGAACACACCAUGUUCGCCAAAGCUUCCAUUACUUUAUCCUCCGCUCUAAGAGCUGCACAGAUGUUGAAUCUACAUCGGGUUGAUAUUCCCAAGUCAAUGGGAAAUGUGUCAACGGACUGGAUUGAACUGGAGGAGCAACGUCGAACGUGGUGGACUAUAUUCUGUUUCGACAGGUUUGUUUGUGCAACAACCGGAUGGCCAGCCCUGAUACAUCAGAAUAAGAUAGACACUCGCCUUCCAGCUUCCGACGAAGCAUAUGCAUACGGAAGAGAAGAGCAAACACGCUUUCUAGGAGAUCAACUACUUGAAGCUGAACCACACUCAUCUUUCGCUGGGAGAGUACUCACAGCGCACAUAUUUCACCGUACCAUUGAGCAUAAUAAUUCUGACAACAUCCAAGGACAAGGUGCUGAAGCUUUAACCGAUGACACAUACUGGCAACGGCAUAGAGAGAUCGACAAUAACCUCAAGUUUAUGCUCCUGAUGUUACCGAAGAACCUUUGUCUUCCCACCAACUACAAGAGUCACAAUGCCGUGUUUGUUAACGUUAUGCUUCACACAGCUACGAUAUGCCUUCACAGAGCAGCCCUGUGGAGGAUGAAAUCGAAUUUGCAGGGACUGCCAAGUUACAUGAUCCGAUUGUCUCAAGACCGUCUAGUUCCGGCAGCAGAAGAGAUCCUCAACAUCUUCAAAAUGAUACCGGAGCUGGGUGCGACCUUUGCGAAUCCUCUCAUCUGCGUCGCAGCAUAUAUGGCUGCUUUAGUCUUCCUGUCAUGUACAUCUCCCGUCGAACCCGAUGUACAGAGUGAUGAGAAUCUUGAUUUCAUUCUCAGGAUUAUGAUGGCUUUUGGGGACAACAAUCUUGUCGCCAACGCUGUAUCAAACGAGAUUGUGAAAGAGAUAAGCCAAUGUGGCAUCGUCUCUACGAGUGUGUGCAAAGCGAAUUUACAGGAAACGUCUGUCGACAUUCCACUACUCGCCACUCAGAGACUAUACUCCUCGUUCGAUACUUUUCUGCUACCCACUACCUAG